UCUGAGAAUGGCAGGGAUGGCGUGAUGCCCCCCAUGCAGGAACUGCCCCUCAGUGCCAGCCUGCAGCUGGCCACUGGCCGCCGGCCCCGGCUCAGCCUCUCCCAGGACACCCUCAGCGCCCUGCUGGAGCAGGGCCAGGGCCAGGGCACCCUCAACCUCAGCAUCACCAGCCUGGCGGGCAGCAAUUCCCCUCUGCAAGGCCAGGUCACCCAGAGCAGUUCGCUGACCGUGUCUGCCCUUUUCCCCUUCAUCCCCCAGCUCAGCCGGUCCCUCCCUGGCUCCCUGCCCCUGGAGCUGCGUGUCCGAGUGAGGGAUGAGCCAGUGGUGGCUGUGAGGGAUGGAAGGGCCACUGUCAUCCUCAGAGCCACUAUUGAUGUCACCAGCCCUGCCCUGCAGACCCCCCAGGGGCUCCUGUUCUCCGUCGAUAUGGACAUCGUUCUGAACAUCACCCCAUCAGUCUCUGAUGGCAAACUGCAAACCUCCCUGGCUCUUGACAGCAUCAACCCGACACGGUUCCCCCAAAGCCUUGAUGCUGCCAGUGCCUCCUCGCUGACAGAAUGGCUCAAGAAGGUCCUCACAGCUGUUUAUGUACCUUCUGUUCAAGAUGCCCUCCGUGUGUCGGUUCCACUGCCCAACGUCCUGAACACCAACCUCAGGAACGCUGCAGUUGCCAUCACUGAUGAGGAUGAGUUUUCUGGCCAGAGCACUCUGGGAAGAUCCUGCUCGGGGGGAACCUCGUUGCUGCUCCCUUUCUGAGGCAGCACAUGCACCCCAAGCCCUGCUCUGCUCCACUCUCUCCCUCUUCCUUUCUCUCCAGUGCUGCUCUGUGCUGUGGCUGUGGCCUGAGCAGGACAGGCAGCAGCCUCUGGCUUGGCUGGUGGAUGUUUGGGGGUUCCUGUGGCCCCUUUUAACAUCCACAGCCAGAAGGCAGACAACUCUUAGGCACAUAGGCUGCUCUCGUAUUGCUCUUUCAAUAAAAUCUCUCCCUGUCACAGUA